UUCUGUGGUACAAACGUAUUGUCAAAAAAUGGCCGCUGUACAUAGAGAAGCUAUCCAAAAACAAAUUCAGCAAGAUUGGGCAAAUCGUGAAUAUAUUGAAGUUAUAACUGGUAGCAUUAAAAAGAUAACCGAUUUCCUUAAUUCUUUUGAUAUGUCUUGCAGAUCAAGAAUAGCUGUAUUAAAUGAAAAAUUGACUACCUUAGAAAGAAGAAUAGAAUAUCUCGAAGCAUGUGUCACAAAAGGAGAAACACUAACUUAAAUUAAAUAUUAACAAAACUACUACUUUUAGUAAGAUUUUUGUAUUUAUUGGGCUAUAUAUAAAUAAAUGUACAUUGAGACAUGCGACAAUGACAUUUAUUAUACUUCAAUGUAGAUUCUACGUA